AUGGCCGCCAACUCGCGCACGCGCAAGAGCGCAUUUCUGCUUCCGGUUUCUGAUCCGCGCACAGCAGGAAUUGAAAUUGACCUGUCUCCAUUAAAUUCAGACACUGUCUUGAAGGACUUUGGGAACAAGAGGGUUCAGGGAGGUUUUACUGUCAUACCCACAGGAUGCCAGCCAUUGAUCUUUUCUCUUGUGAAGUCCGAAGAGGAAAGGAUAGUGACCAGGUGUCUGACAAAUUAUUCUCAGGACCCAGUGACCUUUGAGGAUGUGGCUGUGGAAUUCACCCAGGAGGCGUGGAUUUUGCUGGAUCAAACUCAGAGAAGGCUGUGCAGAGAUGUGAUGCUGGAGAACUACAAGAGUCUGGCUGCAAUAGAUUGGGAGAUUUGUCUUAAUACCAAAUGGUCAGCACCUCAGCAGAAUAUUUUGCAGGGGAAAACACCCAGUGUGGUAGAAAUGGAGAGAAGCCAUACUGGAGAGGAAUUGUUUAAUUUUAACCAUUGGGAAGAAGCCUUGAGUGAACACUCCUGCUUUAAGAUUUACAGAUUACUCACAUUGAAAAAAACUUGUGAGUGCAACCAGUAUGUAAAAGCCUUCACAAAGAACUCUGCCCUUAAUCUAUACAACAAAACCCAUGAUGGAGAAAAGCCUCCUAAGUGUAAUCAGUGGUGAAACAGUUUUUAGCCAAAAUCCACAUCUGUUUGUGAGAAAACUUAUACUCGAAAGAAACCGUAUAAAUGCACGGACUGUGGGAAAGGCAUUCCUUCUUCCUUACACCUUAGAGAAUGUGUAAGAAUUCAUAGUGGAGAAAGGCCACAUACCUUUAAGGAAUGUAGGAAAGCUUUUUCUCAUUCUGCAGGCCUUUUUGAGUAUAUGCAAAUGAACAAUAGAAAAAAGUCCUGCAAAUCUAAAAGUGGGAAAACCUUUAUUUGAUCUUGUCUUAUUCAUCAUUUAAGAACUCAAAGUGAAUUAAUGCCUAUGGAAUGUAAGAAAUUUGAGAAAGCCUUUCCUUGUUCCCUAAAUCUUGCUAAAUGUAUACAGUUUCAUAUGAGAGACACACACUGUGUUUGCAAGGAGUGUAAUAAAGAGUUUACUUGUUUCCCAAAACUUAAUAUUCACAUGUGAGUUCACACUGGAGAAAAACCAUAUGAGUGUAGUAAAUGUGAGAAAACCUUUACCGAUUCUUCAGGUGUUAUAAAACGAACUCACACUGGAGAGAAGCCUUAUGAAUGUAAGGAAUGUGGGAAAGCCUUUAGUAACUCAUCUUGCUUUAAAAGUCAUAUGCAAACCCCUUGAGUAAAACCCUAUAAUUGUAAGCAGUGUGGGAAAACCUUAAGAAUUCACAGUAUAGAAAGAACUUUUGAAUGUAAGGAAUAUGGGAAGUCAUUUAGGUAUUCUUUGCACUUUAGUCAACAUAAACAUACUGGAGAAAAGCCAUGUAAAUGUAAAAAGGGUGGGAGAGCCUUCACUAUUUCAUCAGGUUUUACAGUACGCAUGAGAACUCACACUGCUGGAUGACCUUUUGAAUGUAAGGACUGUGGGAAAGCCUUUACUCGCCACCCAGGUGUCCCUCAGUCCACAUACUUUAUUCAACAUUUAAGAACUCAGAGUGGGGAAAAGCCAUAUAUAGAUGAGGAAUGUGGGAAAACCUUUACUACUUCAUGCCUUACAGAAUGUAUAAGAUUUCACUCUUGAGUGAAGCUUAUGCUUGCAAAGAAUAUGGGAAAGCCUUUAAUACUUUCUCUUAGAAAACACAUACUAAUUCAUAGUGAAGGUAACCUUAUUAAUGAGGAAUGUAGGAAGGCUUUAGCUCUGCCUUAUACUUUACUAUUCAGCUCUGAUUUCACAGGUAUGAAAAAUCUUAUAAAUGUAAAAAGUGUAGGAUUUUUUUUUAAUUCUUAUCCCCCACUUUGGGAAAACAUGAAAGCACACAUUAGGAGAGAUCCCAUGAGUGAAAGGGAUAUAGGAAAGCCUUUGAUUAUUCUUUGUUAUUAGGAAACAUAAUUCACACUGGAGAGGAACUGUAAAUUAUAAAUCUAGAGAAGGUGGAAAAGACUGUUAAUUUAUGUUACAUGUAGUAAAUCACAUUGGAGAGAUUCUGUGUGAGUGUAAAAACAGUGCUUUCAGUAAAUAUCUUACAUAUUUUUUUUUAUAAAAAUUGAAGUGCUA